CAAUCAAUAUAAACAGCGGACACAGUGGAGUUUUUCAGUCUUGAGUAGAGUGUGAUAUUGAAGAGCUGCUGCAAGCAUUGUUCAUUCGGUUAUUCACAAUGAAGUUUUCUGUUCUCCACGUACUGCCCAGAAGACUGAGGAAGACUAAAGAGGAAAUGGGUGCGGUCGGACACGACCCGGUGGCAGCGACUGUUCUAUCACCUGUAAUGGAGGGCAGUGCCAAAACAGUACAUGGGAGGUUUAAGCAUAAACUGAAGAUGCCCCAAAUACUAGGCUUUGUGCCAAGACCACGGAGCCCCAAACCCAUAGUGGAGAGCAAUCCACCUCAAACAGAGGUGGUUUUGGACUUUAUGGAGAACCUGAAGGAAAAUCGCUUGGUGGAGGCUUGCCAGCAGUUGCUCUUGCGAGAGGACAAGCUAUUUGGCCAAGAAACCAUGACGGUAGAGGGGUUGGUUCAGGUUUGCAACGAGGACGAUAAAGACACGCUCCAAAAAGACUAUGAAACCCUGCUGCUCCACUUAUGGAUGGCAGUUCACACCACCUUUAGUUCCACACCCUCAGGAGAACACCUAGAGAUACUUCGGAGUGCGGUGGAAACCAUAACGCUGCUGGAAGAGAAGGACCAGCAAUGGGAAGGGCGGCCCGAGGGCAGCAGCGAGGCCCCCGUGUGGCGGCCACACCAGUGCCGGCACACCCACGACACCCUGCUUGAAAAAAUGGUGGAUUCUCAAAUGAGGAACGCGACAGUGGAGGAGGACAAUAUUAGCGUUAGCAGUGUGGACAACCUGUCAACGUCCAUGAAAAGGGAGGUAUGUAGGAUGGGCAAGCGUCUGAAGGAGGACGUUCUCAGGGUGGCCAGGGACAUAAGGGACUGCUACCCCCCAGACUUUGACGUGUGCAACUUGUAUGUGAGACUUUACCAUCAGAAGUUCUCAGCAAGGUUAACAGAACUGGCCCGCUCUGGGCUCGAUGUGGAUGACUGUAACUACCUCCUCUGCUGGGUGAACAAUUACUAUCCAAAUGACAUCUUAAAACACAAAGACCUUGAGGGGCACAUCAACAUGGAGUCUUUGGGAACUCUUUUAUCUGAGAAGGAUCUCACAACAUUGGAGGAGCAGUAUCUACUACAAAAAGAGAGUAAAGUCAGGACCUGGUUCUCCAAGGCUCUCAGUAAGGAGGAGGAGGGUUGGCUCAGUGGAAAGAGUCCAGAACUAAUUGACGGGUACUGCUUCUGUCCUCUGGCCAUUGACAUCAUACAGGCUGUUGAUGGGGCCAUGAGAGAGGCCAGGACUAUUCUGGGCAGUGAGGCUAAUGCCCAAAGAAUCCUUUGUCAGCUGGACAGCUUCUUGAUGAGCUAUAAGAGAUCUCUUGAAGAAUUUGUGAAGGCAAGACGGGAGAACACUCAGGCAGUCGUGAAAGCUAACUUGGUUAACAUUGAACAAUUCAGAGACUUCAUAGUGGGAAGAGCGGAGUCAAUCCCAGAAGAGAUCAGGACAAGCUGUAUGUCCACAUUGGCAGACCUGAGAGACUGUGGCUACGGAUACUUCACCGGCCCCAUACAUGAGGAGCUCAGGGUGCAUUACCAUAGGCUGUGGACACAGGCCUGGUUUACUGGGGGUCAGAUGGUACUGGAUGAAGUUCUGGGGACACUAGACAGACACGUGCAGCAAUUCACAGACCUCAAACCCAUCUGUGUGGAGGAGCUGCUGGGCCGGCUCCACAUGGAGAUGAUGGUGGAGUAUGUGAAGAGGAUGAUAAAGAGGAAGAUGAGGCUGAAGGACAAGGAGCAGCAGGAGGCAGCAGCCAAGUUACUGGCUGAAGACAGCAGCAAACUGAGUACCUACUUUACUGAAGCAGGGUCCAAAAUAAGCUGGCUGAGUGAGGUCCUCCCUAAAAUGGCGGAGGUGGUCAGACUGCAGGACCCAGGAAGCAUCCAGCUGGAGAUCGUCACCCUGGCUAGGGACUUCCCAGACCUUAGUUGGAGACAUAUUUCGGCUCUGCUUUCUCUCAAAGCCAACCUAUCCACUGCUGAUGUCCGCGGCAUCAAAGAGAGCCUGGAAGUGAACCGUCCUUCAGUCACCUCCUCCAAUACCAACCCACCAUUCUUUUCCAAGGUUCCAGCAGGCAAAUUUUGGCACAUGCCAUCUUAAUUGUGUUAUUUUCUUGUUGUAAACUGUUUUUCUGGUUGAGAAGACGUCAUAUAUCCAGAUUACAACUAACUGGUCUCUGUUAUCAAAUCAAAUGUAUUGGUCACACACAUAUUUAGCAGAUGUUAUUGCAGGUGUAGCGAAGACUAAAAUACAGUAGAAUAGAAUACAGUAUAUAUAUGAGAUGAGUAAAGCAUGUAAACAUUAUUAAAGUGACUAUUGAUUCUCAGUCUGUAGGGCAGUAAGUAGCCUCUUAGGUCCAUGGUUAAGUAGCCAGAUGGUAGCCGGCUAGUGAUGGCUAUUUAACAGUCUGAUGUCCUUUUUUGGUUAUGUUGGUUGUUAUCUUAUCAUCUAACCAGAUUAUAAAGAUGUCCUUUGCUUUUCAUAAAAGAUGUCGUAUUUAAAAUGGUUUAAGAAAAUGGUGAUUCACCUUAAAGGGAAUGGGUCAUGACAUUUAUAAAGCAUGUGACAAAUAACGUUUGAUUUGAAAUGCAUUGGCCCAAUACUUUUUUUAUUUGUGAUUAUGCUGCUUUCCAAUGCUUCAUAAAUUUAUGUGCUCAGCAAAUGUGGGAACUCCUUCAAGACUGUUAGAAAAGCAUUCCUCAUGAAUCUGGUUGAUGGAAUGCCAAGAGUGUGCAAAGCUGUCAUCAAGGCAACAGGGGCUACUUUGAAAAAUUUAAAAUGUAAAAUAUGUUGAUUUGUUUAACAUAUUUUUGGUUACUACAUGAUUCCAUAUGUGUUAUUUCAUAGUUUUGAUGUCUUCACUAUUAUUCGAUAAUGUAGAAAAUAGUACAAAUACAGUGCCUUGCAAAAGUAUUCACCCCCUUGAUAUUUUUUUGCAUUCCAACCUGUAAUUUAAAUGGAUUUUUAUUUGGAUUUCAUGUAAUGGACAUACACAAAAUAGUCCAAAUUGGUGAAGUGGAAUGAAAAUAAUUACUUGUUUCAACAACAAAAUAUAUAUUUUUUAAACAACAGAAAAGAGGUGCGUGUAUUGACCCCCUUUGGUAUGAAGCCCCUAAAUAAGACCUGGUGCAACCAAUUACCUUCAGAAGUCACAUAAUUAGUUAAAUAAAGUCCACCUGUGUGCAAUCUAAGUGUCACAUGAUCUAUCACAUGAUCUCAGUAUAUUUUCUCCUGUUCUGAAAGGCCCCAGGGUCUGCAACACCACUAAGCAAGGGGCACCACCAAGCAAGCGGCACCAUGAAGACCAAGGAGCUCUCCAAACAGGUCAGAGAAGUACAGAUUAGGGUUGGGUUAUAAAGAAAUAUCAGAAACUUUGAACAUCCCACGGGGCACCAAUAAAUCCAUCAUAAAAUAAUUGAAAGAAUAUGGCACCUCAACAAACCUGCCAAGAGAGGGCCGCCCACCAAAACUCACGGACCAGGCAAGGAAGGCAUAAAUCAGAGAACCCUGAAGGAGCUGCAAAGCUCCACAGCUGAAAUUGGAGUAUCUGUCCAUAGGACCACUUUAAGCCGGACAUUCCACAGAGCUGGGCUUUACCACCACCUCUCAUCACCCCGAGAACACCAUCCCCACAGUGAUGCAUGGUGGUGGCAGCAUCAUGCUGUGGGGAUGUUUUUCAUCGGCAGGGACUGGGAAACUGGUCAGAAUGGAAGGAAUGAUGGAUGGCUCUAAAAUUCUUGAGGGAAAGCUGUUUCAGUCUUGCAUAGAUUUUAGACUGGGACAGAGGUUCACCUAACAGCAGGACAAUGACCCUAAGCAUACUGCUAAAGCAACACUUGAGUGGUUUAAGGGGAAACAUUUAAAUGUCUUGGAAUGGCUUAGUCAAAGCCCAGACCUUAAUCCAAAUGAAAAUCUGUGGUAUGACUUAAAGAUUUCUGUACACCAGCGGAACCCAUCCAACUUGAAGGAGCUGGAGCAGUUUUGCCUUGAAGAAUGGGCAAAAAUCCCAGUGGCUAGAUGUGCCAAGCUUAUAGAGACAUACCCAAAGAGACUGGUGGCUCUACCAAAGUAUUGACUUUGGGGUGUGGGGGGGGCUGAACAGUUAUGCAUGCUCAAUUUUUCUGUUUUUUUGUCUUAUUCCUUGUUUGUUUCACAAUAAAACAUAUUUUGCAUUUUCAGAGUGGUAGGCAUAUUGUGUAAAUCAAAUGAUACAAACCCCCCCAAAAAUCUAUUUUAAUUCCAGGUAGUAAGGCAACAAAAUAGGAAAAAUGCCAAGAGGAGGUGAAUACUUUCGCAAGCCACUGUAAAUACAAGCCCUGGAAUGAGUAGGUGUUUGCAAACUUUUGACUGGUACUGUAUAUCAAAUGUGGAAUAAAUUAAAUUGUUUCAA